CCGGAAGUUCCUGGGUUUAGUCCCGCCUCCUCUCCGCUUAGGCACCGCGGCCUCUGAGCUGUCGCCAUGACCGCGCGCGGGACUGCGAGCCGCUUCUUGACUAGUGUCCUCCACAACGGCCUGGGACGCUACGUGCAGCAGUUGCAGCGUCUCAGCUUCAGCCUCAGCCGCGACGCGCCCUCGUCCCGUGGCGCCAGGGAGUUCGUGGAACAGGAAGUGACCGACUUCGCCCGACGGAACCCAGGGGUCGUAAUUUACGUGAACACGCGGCCGUGCUGUGUGCCUAGAGUGGUGGCGGAAUACCUUAACGGUGCUGUUCGCGAGGAGAGCAUCCACUGCAAGUCGGCCGAGGAGAUUGCGACGCUGGUGCAGAAGCUGGCCAACCAGUCCGGUCUUGAAGUGAUCCGCAUCCGCAAGCCCUUCCACACGGACAGCCCUAGCAUUCAGGGCCAGUGGCACCCUUUCACCAACAAACCGACAGCGCCCGGCGGACUGCGCCCCCGAGAGGUCCAGGAUGCAGCCCCAGCUCAGGUGCAAGCGCAGUGA